CCCUUGCUCCUUUCUCCCAGGCAGACAGGGGCUGCCUCAGUCCCACCAAUGUCAACUUUGUUAUUGUUUGCCCCCCCUCGCUGCAUCGUGCGCCAUUCAUCAAGUUUGGACAGGAGCCGGAAGACCGCGUCUUCCAAAUGGACACCGAGCGCGUUAAGGGACGAAGGUCGCGCGUAAAAUGUACCCUCGUUUAUGUUUGUGUCCUCAUUGUCUGCUUUUUGGAGCGGGCCGGCGCACAGAUCCGCUACUCCCUCCCAGAAGAGCUGGAACACGGCGCCUUUGUGGGGAACAUAGCCGAGGACUUGGGUUUGGAUUUGGAUAAACUGUCGGCGCGCAGAUUCCGCAUCGUGUCCGGCACCAGGAGGCAGUACGUGGAGGUCAAUUUGGAAAACGGAGUGUUGUUCGUCAACGAAAGGAUCGAUCGCGAGGAACUAUGCGAGCAGAGUUCGGGCUGUUCGUUCCACUUGCAGGUGGUCAUCGAGAACCCCUUGGAGCUGUACCGAGUGGAGGUGGACAUCGUGGACGUGAAUGACAACUCUCCGAGCUUCCCGUGGACCGAGUUUAAUUUGGAUGUGUCGGAAUCGGCUGCGCCGGGGUCCCGCUUCCCGCUGGAAAGCGCGCAGGAUUUGGACGUGGGUUCCAACGCACUGCGCACCUAUUUGCUGAGCGUCAAUGAGCAUUUCACGCUGGACAUUCAGACGAGAAGCGACGGCAGCAAAUUUGCCGAGCUGGUCCUGCAGAGUCCUUUGGACCGGGAGCAGCAGAGCGCGCACCAGAUGGUCCUGACAGCCGUGGACGGGGGCUCCCCGGAGAAGUCCGGCACGGCACAAAUCGACGUCACCGUCUUGGACGCGAACGACAACGCACCCGUGUUCGACCAGUCCUUCUACCGGGUGAGACUGGCCGAAAACGCCCCCAAGGGCGCAGUCGUCAUCAAACUGAACGCAUCCGACGUGGACGAGGGCACCAACGCCGACAUCACCUACUCCUUCAGCGGACACGCGCCCGUCAAAGUGCGCCAGCUUUUCACCGUGGACGCGCGCACGGGGGACAUCAAAGUGAAGGGAGUGAUCGAUUAUGAAAAAGCCAGGAUGCAUGAAAUCUACAUCCAGGCCAAGGACAAAGGUCCUUCCGCUGUUGCGGUGCACUGCAAGGUGCUGGUGAACGUCUUGGAUCGGAACGACAACCUGCCAGAGGUCAUUCUGACGUCGGUGUCUACACCUGUGCACGAGGACGCGCCCCCCGGCACCGUCAUCGCCGUCAUCAGCGUCACGGACAAGGACUCCGGGGAAAACGGUAACGUGGAUUGUGAAAUCCCAAAUCUGGUCCCGUUCCAGCUGCACUCCUCUUUUAAGAACUACUACACGCUGGUGACCAGUGAUUUUCUGGACAGGGAGACAGUGACAGAGUACAACAUCACACUCACUGCCAGAGACAUGGGCUUUCCGCCUUUAUUUACUAGAAAAAACAUUCUGGUGCAGGUGUCAGACGUGAAUGAUAACGCACCGUUAUUCAAGCAGCCGUCCUACACCGUCUAUUUAACUGAGAACAAUGCACCGGGGGCGUCUAUUUGCUCGGUCACAGCCCAGGACCCAGAUUUCGGCCAAAAUGCUUACCUGUCUUAUUCCGUACUAGACGACGACAUUCAAGGAAUGCCCGUCUCCACGUACGUGUCCAUCAAUUCCGAUAACGGGAACAUCUACGCGCUCCGAUCGUUCGACCACGAACAGCUAAAAAACUUUCAAAUCACAGUACGAGCUAAAGAUGCAGGAUUCCCGCCUUUGAACAGCAACGUUUCGGUGACUAUAUUCAUUUUGGAUCAAAACGACAAUGCACCUGUCAUCGUGUCCCCCCGCCCUCAAAAUGGCACACCUCCGCUCGAGGCGGUGCCGAGGUCCGCGGACGCCGGCUACUUGAUCAGCAGAAUAAGCGCAGUGGAUGCAGACGGAGGUCAGAACUCGCGACUUAUGUACCAAUUACUCCAAGCCACCGACCUCAGCUUGUUCAGCGUGGCGUUGUACACGGGGGAAAUCAGGACAAUACGGCAGUUGGUAGAGAAAGACCCCACAAGGCACAGAUUGGUCAUACUGGUGAAGGACAAUGGCCAACCGCCGCUCUCGGCCACAGUUUCCGUCAUCCUGUCAGUGGUUGACAGCCUGCCAGAAUCCCAGCCCGACUCCGGCGACCUGUCACUGAGCCCCCAUCACAGCUCCAACUUUAGCCUCUACUUAAUCGUGUCUCUGGGCGCCAUCUCCUUCACGUUCCUCGUGGCCAUCAUCGCCCUCGUUACAGUGAGACGGCUGAAGGACAGAGCGUCCAACAUAGAUUCCGACUUCCCCUCCGCCGACGCGUGCUGCUGCUGCACUCGCUCGGCGUCGGCCAGCAGCGCAGAUAUCUUCAAAAAGACAAAUUUGAACCUCAGGAUGAGCGCAGACGCCCCCGGCUGCACGGAGACAAACGGCGGCGGAGCCCUGCAGCAAGCGUACUGCUAUAAAAUGUGUCUGACCCCAGAGUCGUCCAAAAGUGACUUUAUGUUCCUCAAGCCCUGCAGCCCGGUGUUGACGGUGCGGCAAAAUAACGCCAAGAGCACGGACUAUCUGGCUUCUGGCUGGAGUGCGCUGGACCGGAAUGAGCUGACCAACAAUAGAUCGUCAACCCCAAAAGAGCUUAAAUAUUCCAGCAAGGACUGGACCUCCGCCAAAAAUCAACGCAAUUCAGCAUACAAGAGGUACAGUUCAGGAAAUAUGGAGGGCACACUGUCACGUCCACAACAAUACGACGCCGAUGCCUACUUCUGCUCUGUGGCACCACAAUACUGGACCUGGGGAAACCGUAUGAGUGAGUGCAAGAUGUCUCUUCAAGAAGAAACAAAUCCGGACUUUGUGUGGACUCCAGAGUACACCCAGUCUCAGUCUGAGGCGCCUGCAGACUACCAGCACAACGUGUAUAUUCCCGGCGCCACAUCUGGUUACAGCACACUGAAGCUUGCGCCAAGAGGUGACUUGGAUGUCUACAACACCUUUUCUACUUUUGGGAAGAAAAAUAAAUUCAUGUCGAACUAUGAACAGUCUUUUGACAACAACGAUGGGCUCAUCAGCAAUGCUAUUUUCAAAUGAGGCACCAAACCAUUGUGGUGCAUGAUGUGCAGCAUUUAUAAUUAAAGUUUCCUUUCGCCGUCAAAUGUUUUGGAGUUACGCUAAUUAUGGGUUAGUGUUGCGGGUGUAAAAGUACACCAUAAUCCCGGUUCAAUACGUCCCUUGGUUUUAAGGUCACUGUUUGGUUCACAACAUAACACCCAUAAAAAAAUGAAGAAUGUUUGGGGGUCUUGUUGAUAUAUUUUGUACAUUAAGGACGGGAAAACUAUCAAUAUAUGCUAAGCUAUUUAAACAAAACAUCUUACACAAAAUCUGUGUGUACUAGGUAACACAGCAAAUUAGAGUAAACUCUAAUCUUUUAGGGGAACUAUGAUGAAUUCUGUUUUUUCUGACUCAUGAUUUGACGCUGUUAACAGUAUCCAACAUUGUGACAAAAUGUAUAAGGGUCAUGCAUUUUUGUGUGCAGCUUGCGCAUAUUUUUGGAUACCUCCUGAAUGCCAUGUUUUGCAAUUUGUUUUAACAGUGGCUACAGUAUGAGACUAUAAAAAUGGGACCCAUUACCUCCCUGCUUGACAUUCAGCAUCAAGGGUUGGAAUUGGGGGUUAAAUCACCAAAAUAAUUCCCGAGCGCGGCCACCGCUGCUGCUCACUGCUACCCUCACCUACCAGGGAGUGAUCAAGUUUGACGGGUCAAAUGCAGAGGAUAAUUUCACCACACCUAGUGUGUGUGUGACCAUCAGUGGUACUAUUCAAUUUAACAUUACAGUGAAAUGGGUGUACUUACAGUAUAUGGACAUUAAGUCUAAGCAUGCAGAGAAACAAAGCAGUUUUUUUUUAAUGCAGCUGUAUCGAACUGAUGGUGGACAGGUGUUCCUAAUGUUGCGACCGGGUGAAUCUAUAUAAUAAGUUUGACUGUCUCGGAAAAAAAAUAAUAGCGGGAACCUUUUUUACAUUCUGAUUCUUUUGGAGAGAAUUUGAAUUGAAAUCUAAGGGGAACACCUUCAGACAUUUUCAUAGGUUGUAAAUGUGACUGUGGAGCAAAAAUGUACAUAAAGUUUACACCAAAGCAUAUCCAGUAAAAAUUAUCCUGAUCACAAGGGAUGAUUUUAAAUGUAAAUUAAAAUCUUAGGUCGCUUUAUCUUUACUAACAGAUUUUAUUUUCAGAAUAAAUCUCGGGACAAUAGAAAUCAACCUGUGGGUACUACGCAAACACUCAUGGUUUACAGCAUUCCUCUUAAGAAAUAUAGAGUUUGAUACCCCCUAAAUAUUAUUGUGGUUGUAGUAAAUACAAAGUCUGUUAUUGGCUUAAGUGCAGCAUUAAUCAUUCCAGCUUGUAACCCCGUAUUUCAAUUCCGCUGAACAAUGUCAAAACACUGUUUUCCUCUUAUCUACUUGUAUUCAUCUGUUUAUGUAUUCCACCCAGAGGCAAAGUCUAAAAACACAGCAUAUUUGAACUUAUUAAGAUAGGAGUUCACAAGUUGCAUUUUCACUGUUACUUUUCACGUCACAAUGAAAUAAUAUAAUUUAGAAUAAUGGACUUCAGCAUUUUGUGAUGGUCAUCUUGUUGUCUUCAGGUUUGUCAAAAAUGCUUAAUUAGAAGCAAUUGUUAAAAGAUACAUGAUAGGGCUGCACGAUUAAUCGACAUUGUGGUUUUAAUUAGUACGAUAAACAAACCUCAAGAUGUGACAGACAUUUGAGUGACACACAUGUCCGCCAAUCAGAAUUGUUAGGCCUCGCGUCCUUUGCCUUCUUGCCGGUUAAAAGUGUUUAAGGAAACAGCAAGUUUAUGUGCGCUGGGACUGAGGCAGUCAGUAUGCUGACAAACGCCAAUUGCACCUUGGAAAACGUUUUAAUGGUGACUAUACUUGGGCUGAUAGUCAAUAAGUAAUUUAAUCGAAGGAUAAAUUGCAAAGUCCAUAUUUGUUCGUUUUCUUUAUUUCUAGCUUCCAACAGGGAGAACGAGGUCUCACUCUUUGCAUCGCUCUCUGCACCUGAGCGCGUUUAUUUAACCUAAUAAUUGACCGAAUGCAGUGAGCUGUUUUUAUAGUCAUUCACAAUCUUUCUUGGUGGGCAGAAAGCAGGACUGCUACCUUACACACACAGGAUUUUUGCCUCCGUACUUGUGACUUGCUGGUGACAAGUCCCGCAAAGUAACACAAAUUAAAGGUGCUGUUUGCAACUUACCCGCAGUAACAUUUUUCAAAGCAAAAAAUGUAACAAGAACACCAGCGGCCAGCUUACGUUAACAUUAUUGGCUUAGACAGAACACAUUUGUUUGACAAUUGUUUAUGUGUGUUGGCCCUGUGAUGAGGUGGCGAAUUGUCCAGGGUGUACGCCGCCUUCUGCUGAGAUAGGCUCCAGCACUCCCCGCGACCCCAAAAGGGACAAGGGGUAGAAGAUGAAUGGAUGGAUUACUAAAUUUAUAGAAUAAAAUGUUUUACCGGCCCAAAUAAAAUGAUCGGUGUUUACGGCGGUCAACACGUACGUGCAUGGAGCGCGUGCACCAUACUUGCCAACCUUGAGACCUCCGAAUUUGGGAGACGGGGGGAGGCGGGUUGGUGGUAGCGGGGGUGUAUGUUGUAGCGUCCCGCAAGAGUUAGUACUGCAAGGGGUUUUGGGUAUUUUUUCUGUUGUUUUUAUGUUGUGUUACGGUGCGGAUGUUGUCCCGAAAUUGUAACAGUGUUAAAUUUGUUUAUACAGCCACCCCUCAGUGUGACCUGUAUGACUGUUGAUCAAGUAUGCUUUGCAUUCAAUUAUGUGUGUGUGUAAAAGCUGCAUAUGUUUUGUGACAGGUUUGACACGCUGUUCGUAUGGAUGAAAAGCAAACGUGACGACAGGUUGUAGAGGACGCUAAAGGCAUACCCCCAAUAUUUUUGUCCGGGUAGAAAUCGGGAGAAAUUCGGGAGAAUGCUUGCCCCGGGACAUUUUCGGGAGGGGCACUGAAAUUCGGGAGUCUCCCAGAAAAAUCGGGAGGGUUGGCAAGUAUGGCGUGCACACGUACAAAAGCAGUCCAAGGGAAUCAACAAACAAUUUGCAGUCAUCUUGUUGUCAUGAUAAAAAAUACAUUCAAUGACAGCUUACGCUAGCUAUCCAAAUUGCUAUUGUUAACUAAAAACAUCAACAGCUAAUGCGCGUGCAUGUGUUACGUACAUAUGUAAUUUUUUUCUUGUACGUUUGUACAAGAAGCCGUGAGAGGGUAGCAUAUGUGUGUGUGUAAAAUACUUUGGAAAGUUGGUGCCCUCUAGGCAUCUGUGUAAAUGUUGCAAACAGCCCCUUUAACAUGGAAAAAAUGUGAUUACAAAGCCAACUGUCCUUUUGGGAGAAUAUUUCAGUCUCAGACCGGAUGGGCAAUACGAGCCCAUCAACAUGCACGAUGACGACAACAACAACAAAAAAAAACAACCCGACCUAAGUUUUCCAAUUGGGAAAACCAAUGCACUUUAAGAUGUUCAAUGUUUAUUUGAGUAAAAUUACAGAAAUGAGAGUCCAUUUUAGUUUUUUGUAUUUAUUUAUUUAGGAUAACAACGUUUUUGACCUUCCAAUUACAGUUAAAUGGUAAACAAUUCCACAGUAAUGAGGAAUAAAAGUGGAUGUUAUCUAAAAUGGGUACUUGCAUUAUUAUGAUUACAUUAUAUUCUGAUCACUGUAUAGUUUUUAUCGGUUAUUUCUUCAGUUUAAGAGCAUGAUGUAGACAAAAACUCAAAGUGUGUUUGCAUCAAGCCAAAUCAUUUUGAAAGUAGAUUAUUGCAUAUUGUUUUAAUGUGGGGCACCUUGAAAGACUAUUUUGAUUGACAGUCCGAAAUUAACAUUUCUUUCUUCACUCGUUAUUUUCGCAUUGUUAUGCAUUUACAUGUAUAAAAUAUAAAACUCGCAAAUCGAAUCUCAAUUGCAAUUUUGGAGAAAAAAAUCGCAAUUACAUUUUAUCUCAAAAUCGUGCAGCCCUAAUCUAUGAUAAUUUAUCUGUUGUAUGCAUUCCAGAUUGAUGUGACCUGUUCUCACCCAUGUUUCAUCUGUUACAGUAGCCAACAGUCCUAGAAUCGCUUUGUAUAAAAUUUGUGUACAGCAUAUAUUAUAUAAAUAAAAAAUCACCUUUGA